CGGCUCAGGCCCGGACGCUUACCCACUGCUAUCGCGCGCGGCCGCCUCGUCGUCGGCGUCGGCGUCGCGGCGCGCGUCGCCAUCACCGUCGCGCAGCGGCUCGCAGCCCGCGUCACGCCCAACCUCGCGGCCAUCAGCGGUUGCAAGCCGCAGCACGUCCCCCUUGCAGCCUCCGCCUCCGCCGCGAUACCACCUCGAUGUCGAGGCCGGCACGUCGGCGCCGUCGUCGGCCCGCGCGUCACCCCGUCUCCAGAACACCAGCAUCCUGUUCAAAGCCCCAGACGACGAAGGGGAUACCUCGCUCGACCACGACCACGACCACGACGAGCACUCGGCAGAGGCUCCCCUGCUGCGAGAUCGCGACCGCCUGACCGCUGAAGAAGAAGACGAACUCAUGCUCGCCGAGGGACCGAUGAGUGCUACCGGCACGCUGAUGGACGGGAUAGCCAACAUGGCAAACUCGAUCCUCGGCGCCGGCAUCAUUGGGCUGCCAUAUGCCAUCAGGCAAGCGGGCUUCGUGACGGGUGUGACGCUGCUCAUCGUGCUGGCGGUCGUGACGGACUGGACGAUCCGACUAGUCGUGCUCAACGCCAAGCUGAGCGGACGCGACUCGUACAUUGACGUCAUGUACCACUGUUUCGGGCCGAUCGGCGCGUCGGCCGUCUCCUUCUUCCAGUUUGCGUUCGCGUUCGGAGGAAUGUGCGCGUUCAACGUCAUCAUCGGUGACUCCAUCCCACCCGUCAUUCGCUUCGUCUUCCCCUUCCUCGCUGAGCACGCGGUGCUCAACCUCCUCGUCAACCGCAACUUCAUCAUCUUCCUCGCCACGGCCACCGUGUCAUUCCCUCUCAGUUUGCAUCGCGACAUUGUCAAGCUGUCCAAAUCCUCGAGCUUUGCGCUCAUCUCCAUGGGCGUCAUCGUCGCCUCGGUUGUGCUCCGUGGCGUGAGCGUCGACCCCUCGCUGCGCGGCUCGUCGCUAGACGUCUUCUCCAUCAUGAAGCCCGGCGUCUUCGAGGCCAUUGGCGUCAUCAGCUUUGCAUUUGUGUGCCACCACAACACCAUGUUCAUCUACAAGUCGAUCCAGAUGCCCACACUGGACCGCUUCAACGCCGUGACGCACACCUCCACCGGCCUGUCGCUCGUCUGCUGUCUCCUCAUGUCGGUGACGGGCUACCUCGUCUUCACCGACAAGACCGAGGGCAACAUUCUCAACAACUUUGCAGCCGACGACUGGGUCAUCAACUUUGCGCGCUUCUGCUUUGGAGCCAACAUGUCGACCACGAUCCCGCUGGAAAACUACGUCUGCCGCGAGGUCAUUGAGGACUACUACUUCAAGGACCGCGGCUUCUCGCACCGCCGGCACGUGGUCGUGACCUCGCUCAUCGUCUUCUCGGCAAUGUUCAUCUCCCUCCUCACAUGCGACCUCGGCGUCGUGCUCGAGAUUGCUGGCGGCCUCAGCGCCACGGCCCUCGCCUUCAUCUUCCCCGCCGCGGCAUACUACACCCUCGUGGGUGGCUCGUGGCACUCCAAGUCCAAGCUCCCCGCCGUCCUCUGCACCACCUUUGGCAUCGUUGUCCUCGUCCUCAGCUGCGGCAUCACCAUCACCAAGACGUUGCGCGGCGAGGUGUCCCACAAGAAAUGUACAUAGUGAAG